AUGUUAAUCUUCCAUCACCCACUCGUUUCUGCCAGCCCCCUUCUUUUCCCUCACGAUGCAUGGUCCAGUGACGAGCGUGUACAACUUCCCAUUGGAUCCCGUUUCUGCCCUAGCCUACAGCUCUUGCCUCUUCUCCCUUUCUCCCUUCCCACUCCGCCCCUCGAUUGCACCCUCUCCACCCUUCUUCCCUUCCCUCUCCGCCCCUUUGCUCCCUAUCCUCUGUGCAUUCUCCAACUUUCCCUUCUUGGCAGGGAAGCGCUUGCUGCUCAGGAUGGCUCGAAGAAGGCCCCUGACCUUCUGAUCGUGGAUGCUGUCAUCCGAGGUGUCGCUGGGGAGCUGGGGAGAAAGCAUCUGUGGCACCAACGGUUUCUGAAGCUUCAAGAAGAAAUCUGCCACACGAACCUGGAGCUCCAGGGGAUUCACGCAGUCCGCUGGCUCUCCCGCGGCACUGCUGUUGCUCGCUUCGCCGAUGUGCUCUCUCCUAUCGUUGUUCUUCUCAAGGAGAAAGGGCAUGAGCUCUUGGAGGUCGUGACCUCGUUCAAGUUCCAUUUCCUGCUCUACCUUCUGGCUGACGUUCUGGACCUUCUCAAUGGCUUGAACAGGAAAUUCCAGCUACGCGUGGUAGACCCAACCGUGGUCUACGACCAUGUGGACACUGUCUGUAUGACGCUGCAGCUCAACUACCUGGAAGACCGUAUCGUGUUUGGCAAUCGAAAGAGCCCUCGCCUCUCCCGCUUCUUGGAUGAGCACAUGGACCAUGAGAAGCGGAUGAAGCGAUACGAGGGAGUGGAUGCCGAUGGAAAUGCCAUCGGCUAUAGCGCGGAGCUGCACGAGCGUCCCCUGCCUGGCCAGGUCUCUCCCGGUCACCUGGACAGCUGUGUCGGCCUAGGGCAGCUGUACGUGAGGGAGACUAUGUUGGGACUGCGCCGCAGGCUUGGGGAUCUCCGCGCGCUCGUUGGGGUGAAUCUGUACAGGCCCAGGUUCUACCCAGUUCGUGCAGGAGAGAGGGAGGCUCAGCAGAUCAUGUGGCUGCGUGAGCUGAAGGAUAUGUACCAUGGCCAGCUUCCAGGUAGGCUCCUUACAGCUAACCCUUCGUUGAUGUUGCUGUCCUUGUCUAUCCAAUUGUCCAUGUUGCAACGAACCUAA